ACCGAUCAAUCUCAGCGCUUUACGUUUGCAACAUACGCAGUUGAUCGCGAGAUUUUGCGGACGUUCGUUCGAUCGCUCGACUCGUCGCGUCCUUGUCUCCAAGUGCUCAUAUCCUCCUCGGAACCUUAACGGUUCUCGCGAUUAUUCGCGAGUAGCCAGUACAGAGCGCCGCCGUAGGUUGCACGGAUAAUCGUUGACAGCUCUUGGCACAGGUACAGAAAAAGAACCGCAAUAAUGACGGUCAUCACGAAAGCGAUCACCGAAAAGAAGGCCGACAAAAUGGAGCAGCCAUUGUUUGUUGAGGAAAACGCGGCGGUUAGUAUAUGUAUAUAUAACACCCUCGUCCAAUCAGCACGGCCAAAACCUGACGUAGGUGGUCACUACUUUGUCACUAGAAGAAGCAUCCAGCGUAUACAUGUGACAGCAACAUUCUUGCUCUUUCUCGUUGCACUGAUGAUACUGAUUAUUGGUGUGAUUGGCGGUCUCUACAUCUAUAAGCAAUAUGCGAGAACUCAGAUGCACAGAUUCCGUACCGGCUGGUACAGCAUUCCAUACGACAGUUCCAACAAAGCAUCUUAUGGCAGGGACGGAGUUCAUCAGGGAUUGUUGGCUGACUCUGAUCUAUUCAAAAGUCUUACCAGAGCCACUGAACAAGAAGCGAUGGACAUCGCGAGACACAUAGAUCAUGAUAUCAGAAAUUUCUUCAAUGAAAGAUUUGAGAUUGAUCUCGAGAACGAGCAUUAUGAAAAGAUCGAUGUGCCUGACUUCCGCGGUGGACGCCAGGGUCGCUUUAUACAUGAUUUCAAUAUUAAUAAAACAGGUAUCAUAGAUAUUGACGGCCAGUGCUGCUUUGUUAUGCCAUUGAAUCGUCAGCGUGUAUUGCCUCCUCGUAAUAUGUAUGAUCUCCUCAGGAAGAUGUAUGAUGGAUACUAUGAAGUGGAUACAGCAAUCGUACGUGAGACCAUGAAAGUGGUCACACCACCAAUCACCGAUCUUUCGGUCGUGGGGACGUACAUAGCGCGUGAAUGUCAAGACUUGCCUACCUAUAUGCUCAAGAAAGUGGAUUAUUCCGUUGUAAAACGUAGUGCAUCGAGCGGAGUGUUCGGGCAGUUUGCCGGCAACAGUAUUAUGGAAGUUGACAUCGUGAAUCUAGAAGACUUUGAGUGAAACUAAGAAAUUGUGCGAGGAGGAAUUUUCAAUUAUUCUAGAGUAUUAACCACCAGUAGAUCAAUGUAUAAAAAUUAUAUGCUGUCCAGCAAAGUUAGGUAAAUAUUCUACUUCGAACUUAGGAUAUCGUUAUCACACAUUUGGACACCGACUGAUUUUUCUGCCUUGACGUUCGCCCCUGAACUAUUAUGUUUCAGAUGUACUCCCACACACUUAUCGAGAUCAGCAUUAUGUCUUUCCAUUAUACUUUCCAUUAGCUCUAGAUCGUGAAAUUAUAUAGUACAAGUACAAUUUGUUAGUUGUUAAUGACCUGAUAGAGUCGUUUGAUGUAUCGAGGGAGUUCUUUGCAAUAUCAUAUGAGAGGCUAAACAGUGGAUGACUAAGUCACUGAAUCGAUACGAGAAACGUGGGAAAGCCGAUUAAGAUAGAAUUAUCGAGCUUGUUCGCAAGUUGACUCUUAAUAGAAGUAUUGAAAAUAUUUCUUCCAUAUUCUUCGAAUACGUUAUUCCGACAGUUAGCAAAAUGCGAUGUUAAUUGCACUAUAGUAAUGAAAUAUUUAUUACUAUUAUGGGUUUGGAAGCAGCUUGUUGACUGUUGUGUUAUGAAUAAUGUCCGUGUGAAUAAUCGAUGAAACCGACAAAAUAGCUGGACGCUAAGCCGUCGCGCUUACGAUGCGGUUUCAUAUGUGUGUUAUUAAUGAAAUUGUAAAAAUAUAUUCAUUUAUAUGAA